AUGUCCAAGAGAAAGAUUCCACCUACGCAUUCGUAUUUGGAGUCUUUUUCGUCUACUUUGUUUUCUGCUGCACAAAACGCAGAAGAGGAAUGCGCCACUUAUAGGGACGAAACCCCCAUGGAAAGGGGGUUUCUAAAUUGGAUCAACUUUGAGCUUGCUCAACUUGAGGAUGUUCUUCAAAACAACUUUUCCCGUGAAAUUGAUGACUACGAUGUUAACAAACACAACCACGACAUGGCUUCAAAGCUCAUUUCAGGACAGAAGAUUUCCACUUUAGAGAAUAAACUUUUUGCAUCAAAUCACGAAAAUGGCACAAAUGAGAAUUU